AUGGGUAAUGUACUUUGCUGCUUACCCUGUAUUGGAAAGAAGACAUUCUCAAGAUUUCCUCUUUUGGCUGGGCGUAGAGACCCACAAUACUAUGGAGGAAAUAACUUUGACGGUUAUCUACCGAUAGCAACCAAUGUGAUUGAAGAUAUAGUCGAUACGACAAGAUCAAAUGAAGUAUGGAAUAGUGACAAAAAUAAUGUACAACAGGAAUCCAUACCCUACCGAUAUGACCAUGAAUAUCUGUCCUCUUCUGAAGUUCGAAUUCAAUCGCAAGAGCAAGGAACGCAGAGAAAUUAUGUUCAAGCAGUGCCGGUAGCCAUUGAACAACAAAAUAGUCACAAUGCUCAAUCUACGUCCUCGUAUUCUAAAGAUGAAAUUCAAUCUGAAGGCCAUAAAAUUAAUGGAAGACCAGAUUCCAAAUUGCAAUCAUCAAUUCGGUCGGAAAAAUUAGUAGAUAGGGCUAUUUCAGUAUCUAAAAGUCUGGAUGAUGAUAGCAAUACGACAACUCAAGAAUCGAAUAAUAUCACUCAAGUUUCACAGCUUGGCUCCUCGUCAGAGAUUGUCCAGACGAUGGGAGAGAGUGAAAAAGAUCUACUUAAAAGCUCAAAUGAAGUUACUUAUUUGCAUCCUCCUGCUCCCAAAGCCUUUAUUGAAGGAGAAUUUACAGAAAAAGGCGACGAUUGCGAUACGAAGCCGUCAAUAUCACUCACUUUUACCUUAGACGACUUUGGCAAAGGUUUGAAAUCAAAAUCAAAUGGGGUUCAUGAAAAUGUUAUCCAAGAUUUAGGAUUAUCAACGAUUAGCUUGGAUAAUACCAUCAAGGAUCAGAAACCAAAUUCCGAUAGACUUUCUAAUUUAGAUAGGCCUGUCUCUGAAACUGAAAUUACAUCGAAUUUACCAGAUCAUGGUAGUAGAAGAGAUAUCAUAAAAUUGAGAUCAUCAUUUUUUGACGUUGAAGAUACUGUCAGAGAUCCAAAACUCAUAACCAAAGAAGAUAUUAAAAGUACUAAACUCAAAUUGGCAGCUACGUUGUCAAGAGAAAGCUUAAAGCGUGAAAUAGAAAAUAGAGACGACAUAAAAUUAGGAUCGUCAUCAUCUACUGGUCUAGACGACACUAUCAGAGAUCCGAAAUUGAUCGCCAAUGAAGAUUCUGAAGGCAACAAACUCAAAUUGGUAGCUCCUUUAUCAAAAAAAACCUUGAAGCAUGAAGUAGUAAAUCAGGAUACAGCUGAAGAACGGAAUGACUUGACGUAUAUUUCCCAGCCGGCAAAUAAAAAGCAGAAAGGAAAGACCGAUGAUAAUAAACCAUCAUUUUCUGACAAAGAAAGUUUAACAUAUUGUUCCAAGGAAAAUAUUCAGACAACGAACAGCAAACAAGAAAUGGCACCAAAAAGAAAGCCUAAUGACAUUCAUAAACUGCAACCAAUAUCUCCAGUCUCUAGCCAGGAUAUCAUGGAUUUGAAAGGUUUAUACCCUCUGAAAAGCCAUAAUUUCCAAAAUGUAGAGGCCGAAGUGAAUGAUUCUCUCUCACCAAUAGAUUUCUCAGUGACCAAAUUGAAAAGUAGACCUGUUAAAAGCGAUGAGGAUGUUAGAAUGGAGUUAUUAUUCAAAGACUCAUUGCAUAAAACCACCAGAGCAUUUGAAGAAGAAUUAUUACAGAAAAUUUACAACGAAAUGUCUGAUGAAAGCCAAAUAUACAAUGAUCAAAAUCUUCAAGAUUGUGGUCAGAUCAUUGAAAAUGACCAUCUAUCGACCCAGAAACAGCCCCAAAGUAAAUGUAAUACUGACAAUACUCUUGAAGACCAAAAAACUAUUCCAACUCCAGCUAGGAUAUUACUCAUUAAACAGCUUAAUUCGGAAGAGAACGUAGCCAAGAUUAUCAAUAAUCCCCAAAUGGAUAUUAGCGACUUUGAGCGUACACUCGUUUCAUGCAUAAGCUGGACACGAGGCCGUCAAAAAGUUACUGUAAAUAUUCAAUACAACCAAGAUGGCAUCUCGCUCUCAUUAUCCAGUUUUCUUCGCCUAUACCCACAGAUUGUUCAGGACACGAAUACUAAAUUAAGAAAUAAAAAAGUUAUGGCAGGUGUACAUCGUGAUAGGGAGAAGAUCUCGGUUAUUGCUGUCAAUAAGGAAGAAUAUGACAAAGUCAUCGACAUUCUUAAUACUGACAUCCAAAUUGACAUUUAUCAAAUAUCUUAUAGCCAAGAUUUACUGAAAAAUUGGAUCUCGUUUUGCAACAUAUUAACCAAUGAAUUAGCUUCUCAACUUGAGGUUUUUAUUCAAUGUUGGUUAAAUACACUAGAGAAAACAGCUACUGCUAAAAUUGUUGGCAGCAGUGAGGCAUUCGAAUAUGUCAUGCUCAAAGUCAAGAAACAUCUUGACAAGUAUAAAACCAAUGUUUCAAAUUCAUUCGAUGGCGAAAAUUAUAAUGAAUUUUUAAUCCAAAAAUUACCUUCCGCAAAAGUUCAUUACUUGAAGGAACAUUGUAAAAAAGAAUUUUUAUCGCUUGAGGAGCAGUAUCAUUGUCAGUUGCUGUAUCGGCCGAUGGAGACAAAUGGGAAUAAAGAUGAUCAUCAAUUAAUCCUGAAAUACCCUAAUGAGCAUAUAACUACUGAGAUUAAGGAAAUUAGUGAGACAAUCUCUUCCAUUCCAAUAAUUACCGAAACACUUUCUAGCGAUAGUAGUCAAUUAUCACGAAUAACGCGGUAUAUUAGCCAAAACCAAGGAAAACUAAAGAAAGUGAUAGGAAAUUUGCGGUAUUCUCUGAUUGUUUCAGAUGCUAAAAGGGAUCUUGUGAGAUUCACAAGAGAGAAAACUAUCAAUGUGCCAGUUAGAAAUUCAAAGAAUAAAAAAAGAAAAUGUAAAAAAUCUCAAUCAAUAAGUGAAGAAUCGGAUAUAAUUUAUAUCAACCAGGCUGGCUUAUGUAUAAAACUUAUAAGAGGAAAGAUUGAAAAGGAAGGUAGACAGACUGAUGCCAUUAUUAACUUUGUUGAUGUGAAAAAUCCUCAAGCUGGAGCAAUCGCACAGGCAAUAUUCAAUGCUGAUGGCCCAGAAUACCAGUUAGAGUGUAGCAAUUUUCUUAAAGAUCUAUCGAAAGAUUCAUUUCGCCGUACUGAGGGAUAUCGUUUUGGAUGUAAAAAUAUCUAUCAUAUUCCGUUUUUAAGUUCCUCUAGAACAUUAACGUGGCUAGGAAAUAUGAUCUACCAAUGCCUAGAAGAUGCAAAUAAGGAAUCGUUAAAAGCCAUUUCUAUACCUAGCUUGGGAGCUGGUGGUGUGGGAUGGUCUGCAGAUACAGUGGCUAAGGAAAUGAUCGAUAGCGCAAUUCAAUUUGCCAAAAAUAAUAAUGGCAGACACUUAAAUGUAGUUCGUUUUAUUAUAUUUGAAGAGGAUACGCCGACCUAUUAUAGUUACAAUAGAAUAUUUAAAAGGAUCGCUAAAAAUUUAGAAAUUGGAUUAAGUUUGCCUGCCUUAACUAGUGGUGAUGAUAUAGGAUUGGUAGAGCGGCUAACGAAAGUAACCACUCCUGUUAAAAAAGCGAAACAAGAUCAGCUCAAAGUUCUCUUUUCUGUCAUUUCUACAAAUAUCCAUCAUUUUCUAUUAAAUUUCUGUCAUGGCAGUAUUAAUGAUGCUCAAACAUCUGCUAUUCUAAAUCCAACAGCAGUUUGUUCUUGCCAUUUACAGCAAGGAAAGUUAGCAGAGCGAUUAGAUUCAUAUCCUCGAUGCUACUCGGAAUCGACUUUAAAUACAAACAAAAAAAUGGCAGCAAGUGGCAAGACUAUUUAUACUUUUUGCCCAUAUGGUAUGAUAGACGAUUUUCGAUCAUUGCUUGAUUCUAUCCACCAAAACGACGAUCGUUCCCUCACCUAUCCAUUAGCAAGUACAGAAAGUAGCGAAAAGGAUAUUUAUAAAUUAUUAACUGCUAUUACUGGCUUUCUUAAUGAUCACUCAACGGCCAAAAUUUCACUGACACGUCUUGAUUUUAUAACGGGUAAUGAAGAACUGGCGCAUGAAAUUGCUUGCUGGGCACAAAGACUGAUUGCGCAAAAAUCUGAUCAUGAUACUUCAUUGUUAACUCAAUGGAAGAUUACGCAAUUCAAUCUUUAUGAUGAAUAUGGUAAGAAAAUUACGAUUAUUGCUGACAGUGACGAUACGAUAGUGCAAGUUAAAAAAAAGUUAGUGGAUAAUGCAUCAUAUUGGACAUGCGAAGAAAUCACUGAACAAGAUGUUGUUACAGCUACUCAAGAUCCAGCAUGGUUGACAUUAAUGAAUGAAUUAUGGUGUCAGUUUGGUACAAUAAUAGUUGACAACAGUGAUGAUGGGAAAAUUAUGAUUUAUGGCAAUAAAGAUGAUGUAUUUCAAGUUAAGGAUAGAAUUCAUCAGUUCGCACAAGAGAAGGAUUGCCAAUCUAUCGUGGAAGAUAUGAUAAAUGAAAUGCUAAAAAAAACUCAAUGGAAUGUUGCAGUGGAUAAAGCAAAGCACGAUUUCUCACCUGAGAUGAACCGUGAAAUCGAAAGAGGUUAUAAAACUUAUGUCAAAAAUAGUAGCAAAUCAUCCUGUGAAAUUGAUGGUAAGAUCAUCGAAUAUUCCAGCAUGUUAAUCCAACUGGAUAAAUUAUUGUUUACAAUAGCCCGAAAAUCAUUCAGUGAAGCUGACCUAGUUAAAAUACAUCGAACCAUUUACCCAGUAAGCAAUAUUGGACACUUUCCGAAAAAGAGGUUCAAGAUUCAAGUCAAUAUCUCCUUGUUGAUGUUUGGAAAGGGGGCAGAAUAUAAUGAAAUUGUGGAACUUGUACGAUCGCAAGGUGCGCGUCUGCGAAGGUUGCAAAGAAUUCAAAAUAUGAACCUCUAUCAACGCUAUCUAUUGCGCAAAACAGAAGUGGCUGAAUUAGUGCAACGGUUUAGUCCAAAUAGCCCAGUUGAGAGAAGACUAUAUCAUCGAAUUGAUCAAUCAAGUAUAUCUCGUAUUUGCAAGUCAGGAUUUGACAGAGAUUACGCUACAGCAACUGCAGAAACGAAUUACGGUAAAGGAACUCCUUUUGAAACCAGCCUUCUUACUGCCAGCAAAGGUUGUAAUAUCGUGUUUAUGGUUGGAGUAUUAACGGGCAUAUAUACGCUAAAUCCGGGGAAAGGAGGGGCUAUUUUGGAAUUUAUACCCGGCAGCUCUAACGAAAGAUUCCAUUCUACUGUUAAUGAUUUAAAAAAUCCUACAACUUUUGUUACUUUUAAUGAUAAUGCUGCUUAUCCAGAAUACAUUUUACAUUUAGAACCAACAAAUUCUACUUAA